AGAAAAUCAAGUAUAAAUACUGACACGAUGCAGUCUGGGCAUCAGUUCUUAAGCAAAGAGAACUGAGCAUGAUGAAGAACCAUCGGUCUCUGAUCGCCUCCGCGGCCGCGAUGGCGCUGCUGUGCCUGGCAGUGGCCGAGCCCGUCCCUUACGGCGGCGGACGGAAAGGCCACGGCGGGUCCGGGUCUAGCUUUGGCAGUGGAGUCGGGGGUGGAGGAAGAGGAGCUGGUGGAUCAGGCUUCGGUAGUGGAGGAAGUGGUUCCAGUUCCGGUGGAUCAGGCUUCGGAAGUGGAGGAAGUGGCUCCAGCUCCAGUGGAUCAGGCUUCGGAAGUGGAGGACUGGGCUCCAGCACUGGUGGAUCAAGCUUCGGAAGUGGAGGACUGGGAUCCAGCACUGGUGGAUCAGGUUUUGGAAGUGGAGGGUCAGGAUUAGGGGGUGCCGGUAGUGGCUCUAGUGGAUUUGGAUCAGGCUCUGGGAGUGGAGGAUUAGGUGGAUCAGGUUACAGCGGCAGUGGAAGCAGCUCCUUUGGCAGUGGAGUUCUUGGAGGAACUGGUGGAAGCCUUGGUGGUGGCAGCACUUUUGGCUCCACUGGUGGACUUGGUGAAAGUGGAGGCGUUGGUGGCAGCAGUGGCGGCUUUGGAGGCAGUGGUGGAGUUGGUGGCAGCCAUGGAAGUGGUGGAAGCCUUGGAGGUGGCAGCAGUUUCGGUUCCAGCGGAGGCCUUGGAGGCAGCGGCACUUUUGUCUCCUCUGGUGGACUUGGUGGCAGUGGAGGUCUUGGAGGCAGCGGCACUUUUGGCUCCACUGGUGGUUUUGGAGGCAGCAGUGGAGUUGGUGGCAGCAGUAAUGGCUUCGGAGGAAGCAGUGGCAGUGGCCUGGGUAGUUCUUCAGGCGCAAGCAGUGGUAGUUUUGGAGGCAGCAGUGGAGUCGGUGGAAGCAGUAGUGGCUUUGGAGAAAGGAGAGGAGUUGGAGGCAGUGGAGGAGUCGGUGGCUGCAGUGGUGGGUUUGGAGGCAGCGGCCUGAGUGGUUCUGCAGACGCAAGAGCAAAGGCGGGAGCGGCCACCCUUAGCACCAGUAACGACGUAUUUAAUUAUUACAUGAAACAGGGGACUGAUUCAACAGGGAAUGCUAUUAAUGUUCUGCUCUGGGCAUCUGCUCUUGAGCAAGGAGAACUGAGCAUGAUGAAGAACCAUCGGUCUGUGGUAGGUGUAACUGUGCAUUUCUGA